AUUUUAUUUAUGCACUUCUGUGCCACCGUACAACAUGGCUGCUCCACGUUGCUCUGCUACUGAAUUUUUAAAUGAGCAUUUUGGAGAGGAUUUCGAUAGUUUAAGCAAUUUAGAUCAACUAUACAGAGAAUAUAAAUCGAAGGAGAAGUCUUUAUCAUUAGCUAUUGACCAAAGUGAGAAGCAAACCAGUGAAGAUCUUACUGUAGUAACAAAGAUAUGUGAUUGUAUGAUAAAAGACAUCAAAGAAACCUGUUCAAAGAUUACUGAAACGUUAAAUAAUUUCAAGCUGCACAAAGAAGAAACUAGCAAUAUGGAAAACUAUCUUAAAACCGCAAAAAUUGAUAUCCAUGCGUUAAAACACAGACAAAUUUACCUGUUAUUUAAUGCAAAAAUAAAAAGCUUUAGUAAUGACAUCAAGUCGCAUACUGAAAAGAAAAACUUACCACUUGCAAUGGAAUCCUACUGCAACUUGCAAACAUUGUGCUCAAAGUUGGCAUCGACAACAUGUGAGAAAUUAAAGCAGUAUUCUCUUUCUGUCUGUGAGAAACACUAUAAAGAAUUAAAAAAAAUGUUAUCCAGUGAGUUCGACGCAUUGUUAAUAGCAAUGAAGUACCCAUUUCCUACUGGAAUAUCAUCACCCUUGUUUAGCAAGAAAGAAGACACAGAAUCAAACUUUAGGAAAAUUUUAUUGUGUUUAGCAAAACUCAAACCACUAUCAAGGGAAGGUGAUAUUUCUCUUGUUUCACAGCUCUUAGUGAAGCCUAUGGUGAAACGUUUCCAUUUCCAUUUCUAUGGAGAAAAGCACACAAAUAACAUCAAAAAGCCAGAGUGGUAUUACACACAAGUAAUCAACUGGAUACGUGACCAUGAACAGUUUUACUCUGAUUAUGUCCAAACGAUUGUAGAUGAAAGUUUGGAUCUAAAUAUAAAGACACAGAUUAUCAGUGAAUUGUUAAAGCUUUGUGAAGAGAAACUUGCUGUAACGUUAAAUGAAGUAAUUGAGACAGACGUAUUGCUUGCGCACUACAUCGACGAAACAUUAAUGUUUAAAAAAGAACUCACUACACUCACUGGAACCUCCAAUGGCUGCCUUCAAGUGUUGCUGCAAGAUGUAUUUCUAGAACACUGGUUGGGCUUGGAACAGAACUUUGCAUUGGAGUCGAUGUCAGAAAUGUUAUCUAAUGACGAAGCUUGGUUUCCUGCGUAUGCGGAUUUACAAGUUGGAACUGACAAAAAAAGAAAUAUUUUGUACUAUGUUCCACGAUGUGUCGUCGAAUUUAUGACGUUGUUGUCGUUAAUGACAACUCGCCACAAAUCCGUGAACAAUUUGAACGCACAACAGAAAUUCCUCAACGUACUCAUCAUGAACAUUUACUCUUUUAUCAUUAAAAUCAAAGAUCUCGCCUCCGUGGAGGUGAUUUGUCCAGAAUCUCAACAUUAUUGUUCCAUAUUAAACGGUGUUUUUUACAUCUAUUAUGUGUUGUUAGAAUGGACCGAUGACUUGUACUACCUGCAACUUCUUAAAAGUAGACAUCAAGAUGGGGAAGUAUCAGACGGAAGUGUAUUCACUGACGUCAUGCACAGCUUAGAUAUAUUUUUAAACGCCCUUGUGAACUCCAUCGCAGAGUACGUGAAAGAAGGCUUGCGGACAAAGCUCAAAGCGUACAAAGCAGAAAGAUGGCACGGUCUUCCUUCUUUCAAAGAUUACAUUGUUUCAGUUUUAUCUAAUAACGCUUGUGAUAUGUUGUUGUUCAUAAAAGUAAAUUUACACAUGUUGGAAGAAAAACUCUUUUUUGAUGUUUUCCAAAAGGUAUGGAAACAUGUGGCUAAAGUUGUCGACCAACUCAUUUUUAAAGAGGUGGUGUUUGAGUGUCAUUUUAACGAAGGCGGAGCAAACCAGUUACAGUUCGACAUGACGAAAAAUCUUUUUGUAAUAUUUGGACAAUACACGCCACGACCAGAAAGUCACUUUAAGAUGUUGAACGAUUCUUGCACGUUAUUAAAUCUCCUCCCAGGCUCUGCUGUUUUAUUAAAAGCAGUUCUUGAGCAAGCUGAAAAAACUAGCGAAACGAGCGAAGAGAACGAGAGUGCUGUUAAAACGUCCUUACAAGAUAUGGGUAUCAAACAUCUGACGUCGCUUCAAGCAAGCAGACUCGUGACAGCGCGUGUUGAUUGGCCCAAAAUAUAGAAUGAAAUUAUA